AUGCAACAGGAAAUUAAAUAUCCUGAUAUUUUUGGUCAAACUAUACAAGGUCAAAAAGUUAUUGAUAACUUUGGAAAUGGAACAUUUAAUGAAAUUAUGAAAAGUUUAGGUGAAAGUUUUAAAAUUGAAGAUAUUGAGAAGUAUUGUCUUCGUGUAAAAAAAGGACAACCACCAUAUUGUUGUUUUGAGUAUUUAGAUGAAGAUUCAUAUGGAAAAACAAAUGUUGGAAUAAAUGAUUUGAUUGAAAUUGUUUAUCAUCCUACGAUUUGUGCAAAAAUUAUUAGUGAAUUAUUAGAACAAAAAACAGGAGAAGAGUUAAAACAAAUAUUAUUUAAAAUCAAAAUGGUAUUAGAUGAUCCAUAUGUUGCAAGUGAAUUUAUUGAACAAGAUGGAAUUGAAAAUAUACUUAAUAUUACAAUGAAUAAUCAUGGUAAUAUUCAAAAUUAUGCAAUGCAAUUAUUAAGGAAAUUAAUGGGAUAUAAUAAUGGUAUGGAUAGAAUUGUUAAAAAUGAAGAUUUAGUUGAAUUAUUAUAUUCAUUGAUUGAUCCUACUAUUCCUACUUCAGUUUCAAAACAAGCAAUUGAAUUAGUUUUUGUAUUAUGUGCAUUUGAUGGAUUCUUUUCUUUUAUGUGUGCUGCAAAAAAUUAUGCAAAAACAAAUUCAAUAAAAAUAUUUAAUAAUAUUAUUAAAAUGCUUGAAAUUGAUGAAAUUGAUGUUCAAUUAAAUGCAUUAACAUUAAUUACAACUAUGCUUGAAGCUGCUCCAUCAGUUGAAAAUAAAAAUCAAAUAAUUCGAGACUUAAAAGAACAAGGAAUUGAUAAUAUUAUUAAAAAAAUGUUAACAAAAUGUAAAGUUGAUGAUUUAAAAAAGAAAUUAAAAGAAGUAAAAACUAUUCUUUCAGUAAAACUUCCAGUUGGUCCUAUUGAUUAUCAAACUUUAUAUAUCGAAGAAAAGAAAAAAACUACUGAAAUGGAAGAAAAAAUUGCUAAAAAUGAUCAAAUUCUUCAUGAUACUUUACAAGAACUUGAUUUACUUAAAGAUGAAAAAAAUAAAAUGGAAAAAGAAUAUAAAGAAUUAAAAGGAAAAUAUGAUAAAGAAGUUAGUGCUGCUGCAAGUGCUCAAGCUAAACUUGAUAUUAUGGGAUCUAAAGGUUCUCAAUUUACUAAUAAUGUUGAUCAAUUAAAAAUUGAAUUAAGAAAAUAUAAAAGAAUGUAUGAUAGUUUAAAACCAAAUGAAUUAAAAUUAGAAUAUGAUUGUGUUGAUUUAAAAAGUAAAAUUAAAGAAUUAAUGACUGAAAUUACUUCUAUAAAAAAGGAAAAUGAUUCUUUAAAAGAAAAUUUGAAUUUAAAACAAUCUUUACAAAGUACUUCUUCUGAUCUUCCUCCUCCACCUCCUACUUUUGAUAUGUCAACUUUACAAGUACCUUCUAAUGAUCCUAAUUCUUCUUUACCACAACCUCCUUCUAUUCCUACUCCUUCACAACAAUCUUCAUCUUCUCUACCAGCACCUCCCCCUCCUGGAACACAACCUAUUCCAGGAGUACCUCCCCCUCCUCCAGGAGUUCCAGGUGCUACAGGAGUACCACCUCCCCCACCUCCUCCUGGAAUGCCAGGAGCACCCCCACCACCACCUCCUAUGGGUAAAGGUAUGCCACCCCCACCUGGACUUGCUCCUGCACAAACUAAAUUAAAUAAGAAAGUUAUUAAACCAGCAGAAAAAUUACGACCAUUAUAUUGGAAUCGUAUUGUUAUUGAUAUGAAUAGUGACAAAUCAAUAUGGAGAGAAAUUAAAGAAGUAAGAGUAGAUGAAAAAGAAAUUAUUGAAAUGUUUAAACAAAAGAAAAACACUACUGCACAUAUUGGAAAUAAUGAUGAAAAUAAAAGUAUUGGAGGAAAUAAUAAAAAUAAAAAAGAAUAUACAAGAUUAUUAGAUGAUAAAAGAUAUAAUCAACUUGGUAUUAUUAAGAGUAGAUUACCAAAAGAACCUGUUCUUAAUUCAGCAAUUAAAGAAUUAAAUUCUAAUAUUUUAAAUCCAGACUUAUUAAAAACAGUUAAAGACUCAUUAUUAACAAGUGAAGAAAUAGCAUUAUUUGCAGAUGCAAAUAAAAAUGAAAUAGAUCCAGUAGAAUUAUUCUUUUAUAAUAUUUCUAGUAUUCAUGGAGUUAAAGAACGAUUAACAUCAUGGGAAUUUAUUCAAACAUUACCAGAAAAAAUUGAAGAAUAUCCAGAACAACUUAAUAAAGUAGAAGCAGGAAUUAAAGCAUUAAAAGAAAGUUUUGCAUAUAAAAAAUUCCUUGGAAUAGUUGUUAGUCUUGGAAAUUAUUUAAAUGGAGGAAAUCAAACAAGAGGACAAGCUGAUGGAUUUAAUAUUGAAUUUCUUUUAAAAUUAAAAGAUGUUAAAGAUAAUAAUGGAACAAGUAAUUUAUUAGAAUAUUCAUUAAAACAAAUGACUAGAAUGGAAGAUCUUCCUGAACAAUUAGCACCUGUUAAAAGUGCAGCAAUUGAUUUAAAAGGAUUAUUAGCAGGAAUUAGAAGUGUUAAUAAAGAAAUGGAAGGAGUUAAAAAUAUGAUUGCUAAAAUAGUUGAUGCAAAUGAUAAAGCAAUGAAAAACCUUGUUUCUCAAUUAAAAACACAAGAAACUAAAGUCACUGAAUUAUUAAAUCGAGCAAUUACUUUAGAAGAAAAAACAAAAGAAAUUAUUAUUUGGACAACUGGAAAUCCUUCUGAUGCAAAUAAAAUGACUACAGAAGAUUUCUUUGGAUUAUUUAAACAAUUCAUUUUAACUGUUGAAUCUUCUAUUAAAAAAAUGAAACAACCUACAGAAUCUCCUAAAACUUUGAAAGUAGUUAAUAAAUCAAAUAUUGGAACUAAAGUUGCUGAUGGAGAAGAUCCUAUGGCUGUUUUAAUUGCUAAAAUUAAGGCUGGAGGUGUUAAAUCACAAUUAAAACCAAUUAAAUAA